AUGUCGGGAUCGGAGUCUCGCUUACACAUUGAUCGUCAAAAUGCCAAACGUGAACGAACACGAUUCUAUCGACGCAAGAAAAGCCUCUUCAAGAGUGGGUACAACCUGCACAAGCAAUGUCGUGCUGAAGUCCACAUUCUGAUCCGGAAGAACGGACGGUCGUAUAUUUUGAGCUGUGCGGAAGACGGUAAACCACCAUUUUCAGACCAAGCCCUAGUACUUGACAAUCACCUCAUAUUCAUGAUCCUGGAAAGGUAUUGA